AUGGACACCAAACCAGUUCAGGCUCAAUCCCCAGCCCCAGUAUACAUACUCCGCGGACAUGCUUCACCAAUCCAUGCCCUACACAUCUACAACCAGAACCUGCGACUAAUAUCCGGCGACGCCAAUGGCUGGAUCAUUAUCUGGGACUUGGUCACCAAACGGCCCGUGACGGCAUGGAAAGCUCACCAGGGAGCUAUUCUGGCAGCGAAAGGCUUCAACGUCGGCUCGGGUGUAACGGAAAUCUGCACACAUGGUCGCGACCACAAAUUAUGCGUGUGGAAGCUACGCCCAGAAGAUGAACCUUUUCUGGACAAGACGCUUCCAGUGGAUGCGAGUGAGCCCGCACAGUCGAGCAAAACCCAGCCGUGGCUACUCCACUCCUUGUCUGUGAACGCGCUCAAUUUCUGUGCGUUCUCAAUGGUGUUCGUCCAUGCGGACGGGCUACCUCUGACAUCUCGGUCGGCCAAAGCGGAGAAUACCCUCUUUGCUGUCCCCAAUGCUUUGGACUCUGGUGGAAUAGAUAUCUUCCAUCUACCAUCCGAACGCCGGAUCAGCACUAUUCCUUCUGACAAGUCCACUAAGACCGGAAUGCUGAUGGCUGUGAGUUUAUUCGUGUCAAACUCGGGAGAGCUAUACGUCGCGUCUGCGUACGAAGAUGGCCAUGUGAUGGUAUUUGUUCAUCGUGAGGCUCUCAAAUCGGUUCGCUUUGAGCGUGAGUAUCUGAGCAGCAAUCCGCUGAGAUGGGAGAGGCUUUAUGUGGGGAAGCCUCAUACGCAGCCGGUUCUUUCCCUUGAUGUGGCUGUUUCCCGUGAUUACUUCAUCUCUUCUUCUGCUGAUGCGUUGAUCGUCAAGCAUCCUAUCCCUAGUACAGAGUCUGCUGGGUACAUUCCCACACAGGUGUAUAAAGAAGAGUCACCAUUGAAGAUUGUCAAUACCAGGCAUUCGGGCCAGCAGGGUCUGCAGAUUCGGUCUGACGGGAAGGUGUUCGCUACUGCUGGCUGGGAUAGUAGGGUGCGGGUCUACUCGGGCAAAACUAUGAAAGAAUUGGCUGUGCUAAAAUGGCACAAGGAUGGGUGUUAUUCCGUGGCGUUUGGGCAUGUCGAGAGUUCAUCUCUACCAGCGUCUACAUCGCCUGAGUCCACGGAUGGAGACCACGACAAUACAGAGGAAGGUGCAGCAGGGCAGACAAUCAUCAAGCCAAGCGAUUACUCCCUCGCGACGGUACAGCAGCAACGGAAUCAAAAAGUCCAACAAACUCAUUGGCUAGCGGCCGGGUCCAAGGACGGGAAGAUUUCAUUAUGGGAUAUCUACUGA